AUGCCCGGUGUCUCCGUCCGCGAUGUCCAAGCCGACAAGUUCAUCAGCGCCUACGCCGCCUUCUUGAAGCGUCAGGGCAAACUUCCCAUUCCUGGUUGGUCCGAUACGGUGAAGACGAGCCAUGCCAAGGAGUUGCCUCCUCAGAGUAUUGAUUGGUUCUACAUCCGCGCCGCAGCAGUAGCCCGCCACAUCUACAUGCGCAAAACCGUCGGCGUAGGCCGCAUGCGCAAAGUCCACGGCGGCACCAAGAACCGCGGCGUCGCCCCGUCCCACCACGUCGACGCUUCUGGGUCUGUGGAUCGGAAGGUGAUGCAGGCGUUGGAGAAGAUUGGUGUCUUGGAGCAGGAUGAGGACAAGGGGGGCCGGAGGAUCACGCAGUCGGGGCAGCGGGAUUUGGAUCGGAUUGCGCAGACGACGAUGGAGGCCGAGGAGGAGGAGGAUGAGGAUGAGGAGUAG